UUGCGAAUCUCAACUCCGGAAACCACGGGAUCCAUUACUAUUGACUCUUGGGAAAGGGAAGUGCCGGCCCUUCGGUCAGCCAUCCAGGGCGAUGUCCUCCUGCCCGGCGAUGAGGGGUACGAAGCCAGCUUGGAACGCUGGUCCAUAGUUUGUAUCAAGCGAGCCGCCCUAGUCAUAAAACCGAAGUCGGCCCAAGACGUAUCCUCAGCGAUCCUUUUCGCAACGAAGCACAACAUCCCCUUCACCACCUGCGGCGGCGGCCACUCCACCGCUGGAACCUCCUCCUCGGACGGCGGAAUGGUUAUCCACCUGAGCCAUCUCCGCUCCGUCUCCGUCGAUCCCGAGAAACGGCUCAUCAGCUACGGCGGCGGGUGCACCUGGAAAGACGUCGACGACGAGGCGUGGAAGCACGGCCUAGCCACCGUCGGCGGGACCGUCUCGCAUACCGGUGUCGGGGGUCUCGUUCUCGGCGGCGGUCAAGGUCUUUUGAGCGGGCUGCACGGCCUUGCUGUGGACUGUCUGGUCGAGGUCGAGGUCGUGCUCGCGGACGGUUCUGUUGUUACUGCCUCCGAGACGGAGAAUGCGGAUCUGUUCUGGGGGCUGAGGGGCGCGGGGGCGAGUUUUGGUGUGGUCACAAGGUUUACCUCCAAGGUGUUUCCUCAGGGCCGCGUGUGGUCUGGAGCGCUCAUAUAUCCGACUUCCAAGCUUCCCGAACUGGUGGCGUGGGCGAACGAGUUCAUCGAGAAGAUGGACGGGGGGCAGUUCGUGGUUAUGGCCUUCGCAUACGCACCACCUCCCAACCAGACGCCGAUCAUCGUUGUGCAGCCGUUCCACAACGGCACCGGAAAAGAGGCCAAGGAAGGUCUCUUCAAGGGCCUACUCGAAGCCGAACCGUUGAUGGACAUGACCCAAGAGAUGGACUAUCCCGUCGCCAACACCUUAGUCGACGCCUCCCAAGGCCCCGGUGCGAGAAGACUGACAGGCGGCACUAACCUCACGGCACCGUUCUCACUGUCCAAGUGGCAAGAGAUGGAGAGGGAAUUCUACGCGCGCGUGGACCAGGAGACGGAUCGCGGCAACGACAUGCGGACGAGCGCCCUGGCGGUGGAGAUGUACAAAAAGGACAAGGUGGCCAGCGUGGGGUUCGGGGCGACGGCGUACUCGAACCGCGGGAUGUACUUCGACUGCAUGGUGUUGACGUGCUGGACGGACCCGGCCAAGGACGGCGAUGCAAGGGGCUGGAACCGGGAGCUGGCGCAGAAUAUCAAAGGGAGGAACCACACAGGCGAGACUGGCGGGGUUGGGCAGUACAAUAACUACUUCAGCGAUGUGGUGGAUGUGAAGGAGGGGUUCAAGGGGAACGCGAAGAGGUUGGUUGAGUUGAAGAGGAAGUAUGAUCCGGAGAACAGGUUUUCGAGGAGUCCCUGGAAGAUUGUUGUGACGUAG